ACAACCCCAUCCACCUACAUACACUUCACCAUAAAGUUUGACAUCUCAGAUCAGCUGUGUGGUCGCCGGAGCACAGAACCAUGAUGGAACAGCAGUGAGGAAAAAACCAACGAGAGAGUGGAUCCGUGUCAUGAUGGUGCUCGUCCUGAUUGUCGCAGGUCUUGUGGUUGUCGCGCUGCUCGUGGUUUUAUUCGCACCCUACAUUAGGAAAUACUCUGCAGGUAGAACAUGCAUGUCCAUGGCCCGGUUGGACGGGAAGACGGUCCUGAUUACUGGAGCCAACACUGGUAUUGGGAAGGAGACUGCCCUGGACCUGGCUAUCAGAGGUGCGAGGGUGAUCAUGGCUUGCAGAGAUGUGGAGAAGGGUGAGGAGGCCGCAGCAUCGAUACGACGCAUCUACUGCAAGGCAAACGUAGAGGUCCGAGAGCUAGACCUGGCUGAUACCAGCUCCAUACGGGCCUUCGUGCAACGCUUACUCAGAGAGGUCGCCCACCUCCACAUCCUGAUCAACAAUGCUGGGGUCAUGAUGUGUCCUUACGUGAAGACCAACGACGGCUUCGAGAUGCAGCUGGGGGUCAACCACCUGGGUCACUUCCUGUUGACGUACCUCCUGAUUGGUCUGCUGAAGCGUACUGCUCCGGCCCGUAUCGUCGUGGUUUCCUCUCUGGCUCAUAAUGUUGGCUGGAUCCGCUUCCAUGACCUCCUCAGCCAGGGCAGCUACAACAGCGGCCUCGCAUACUGCCAGAGCAAGCUGGCCAACGUCCUGUUUGCUAGGGAGCUGGCCCGCAGACUCAAAGGUUCCAGUGUGACUGUGAACUCUGUCCACCCUGGGUUGGUGCGCUCGGAGCUGGUACGCCACUCCACCAUCAUGUCUCUGCUGUUCUCUCUGUUCUCCUUGUUCCUGAAGAGCCCUCGGGACGGGGCCCAGACAUCCAUCUACUGCGCUGUGGCCGAGGAGCUGCACUCCCUCACCGGGAAACACUUCAGUGACUGCGCCCCAGCCUCCGUGGCCCCACAGGGGAGGAACGAGGAGACUGCCAGGAAGCUGUGGGACGCCAGCAGUGAGCUCCUGGGCAUCGUCUGGGACCACUGAUCUGAACCACCCUCUAUCAUCAAAACACUGUCCGCAACCCCAACGCCCUGUAAAGGCACUACUUUUGACCAGGGCCCACAACCUUGUUCCAAAUGGUUACAGCAAGAGUCGGCAGUAGGGCCCACAGGGCCGCGGUAGAAAGUGGUGCACUAUAAAGGGAACAGGGUGCACUAUAAAGGGAACAGGGUGCACUAUAAAGGGAACAGGGUGCACUAUAAAGGGAACAGGGUGCACUAUAAAGGGAACAGGGUGCACUAUAAAGGGAACAGGGUGCACUAUAAAGGGAACAGGGUGCACUAUAAAGGGAACAGGGUGCACUAUAAAGGGAACAGGGUGCCAUUGUGGAUGCAUCCCAUGUUCUCUAAGGAGUCUUUGUUUUCAAUCUGAGUACAUGUGAAGCUUUAUCAUUUCAUGACGUUACGUAAUCUCAAACUACAGUUUACCCACUUGAAUAAUAACCAUAGAGGUAUUCAGAUAGGCAGAUAGGACUCUCUUAUGGUAGUAACUGCAAGAUCAAAUACAGUAUUGUUCCGCCACAGGUCUAGCCAGGGUGUAACCAGGUCUAGCCAGGGUGUAUCCAGGUCUAGCCAGGGUGUAUCCAGGUCUAGCCAGGGUGUAUCCAGGUCUAGCCAGGGUGUAUCCAGGUCUAGCCAGGGUGUAUCCAGGUCUAGCCAGGGUGUAUCCAGGUCUAGCCAGGGUGUAUCCAGGUCUAGCCAGGGUGUAUCCAGGUCUAGCCAGGGUGUAUCCAGGUCUAGCCAGGGUGUAACCAGGUCUAGCCAGGGUGUAACCAGGUCUAGCCAGGGUGUAACCAGGUCUAGCCAGGGUGUAACCAGGGUGUAACCAGGGUGUAGCCAGGUCUAGCCAGGGUGUAGCCAGGUCUAGCCAGGGUGUAGCCAGGUCUAGCCAGGGUGUAACCAGGUCUAGCCAGGGUGUAACCAGGUCUAGCCAGGGUGUAACCAGGUCUAGCCAGGGUGUAACCAGGUCUAGCCAGGGUGUAACCAGGUCUAGCCAGGGUGUAACCACGUCUAGCCAGGGUGUAACCACGUCUAGCCAGGGUGUAUCCAGGUCUAGCCAGGGUGUAUCCAGGUCUAGCCAGGGUGUAUCCAGGUCUAGCCAGGGUGUAUCCAGGUCUAGCCAGGGUGUAUCCAGGUCUAGCCAGGGUGUAUCCAGGUCUAGCCAGGGUGUAUCCAGGUCUAGCCAGGGUGUAACCAGGUCUAGCCAGGGUGUAUCCAGGUCUAGCCAGGGUGUAACCAGGUCUAGCCAGGGUGUAACCAGGUCUAGCCAGGGUGUAACCAGGUCUAGCCAGGGUGUAACCAGGUCUAGCCAGGGUGUAACCAGGUCUAGCCAGGGUGUAACCAGGUCUAGCCAGGGUGUAACCAGGUCUAGCCAGGGUGUAACCAGGUCUAGCCAGGGUGUAACCAGGUCUAGCCAGGGUGUAUCCAGGGUGUAACCAGGGUGUAACCAGGUCUAGCCAGGGUGUAACCAGGUCUAGCCAGGGUGUAACCAGGUCUAGCCAGGGUGUAACCAGGUCUAGCCAGGGUGUAACCAGGUCUAGCCAGGGUGUAACCACGUCUAGCCAGGGUGUAACCACGUCUAGCCAGGGUGUAACCACGUCUAGCCAGGGUGUAACCACGUCUAGCCAGGGUGUAACCACGUCUAGCCAGGGUGUAACCACGUCUAGCCAGGGUGUAACCACGUCUAGCCAGGGUGUAACCACGUCUAGCCAGGGUGUAACCACGUCUAGCCAGGGUGUAACCACGUCUAGCCAGGGUGUAACCACGUCUAGCCAGGGUGUAACCACGUCUAGCCAGGGUGUAACCACGUCUAGCCAGGGUGUAACCACGUCUAGCCAGGGUGUAGCCAGGGUGUAGCCAGGGUGUAGCCAGGGUGUAACCAGGUCUAGCCAGGGUGUAGCCAGGGUGUAACCACGUCUAGCCAGGGUGUAACCACGUCUAGCCAGGGUGUAACCACGUCUAGCCAGGGUGUAACCACGUCUAGCCAGGGUGUAACCACGUCUAGCCAGGGUGUAACCAGGUCUAGCCAGGGUGUAACCAGGUCUAGCCAGGGUGUAGCCACGUCUAGCCAGGGUGUAACCAGGUCUAGCCAGGGUGUAACCAGGUCUAGCCAGGGUGUAACCAGGUCUAGCCAGGGUGUAACCAGGUCUAGCCAGGGUGUAACCAGGUCUAGCCAGGGUGUAACCAGGUCUAGCCAGGGUGUAACCAGGUCUAGCCAGGGUGUAACCAGGUCUAGCCAGGGUGUAACCAGGUCUAGCCAGGGUGUAACCAGGUCUAGCCAGGGUGUAACCAGGUCUAGCCAGGGUGUAACCAGGUCUAGCCAGGGUGUAACCAGGUCUAGCCAGGGUGUAACCAGGGUGUAACCAGGUCUAGCCAGGGUGUAACCAGGUCUAGCCAGGGUGUAACCAGGUCUAGCCAGGGUGUAACCAGGUCUAGCCAGGGUGUAACCAGGUCUAGCCAGGGUAUAUUAUAAACCAGCUGAUUCAGUUUGUUUUGUAUCAUAUUAUAAAUGGGGUUCCAAAAUUCCUGUAACUUUUCACAAAAUGCCCGUUUUCCGAAAUCCUAGUUGGAAGAUUGCUGGAAUUAAAGCAAAACAUCCAGGAUUGUGGGAAUUUGGAGAGUUACAGGAAUUUUACAAAUGAUCCUCCAUGUGGAUUCAGGUUAGUUUUGAACCUUUCCACUCAAGGUUAGAUUCUUCCCCCUCAGCAUUCUUACAAGAGAUGUCUUUUAUACAAAUGUGAAACAUGCCUUUUUUAGUACAUUUUAGGGUUGCAAUAUUUUUUUUAAUAACAAAUCAGGAAAUCCUGAAUCCUCUCCAACCAGUAUUUCUGGAGGGAAAAAAAAAAAAAAAAAAAACAGGGCUUUCUGGGAAAAUGUGACACCCAAACUACAUAGCAGUCAUGUCAGGAGUUUAAUGUUCACAUCUGUAAAUAAAAUAUUACUAGCUA